AUGGUGCAAAAGGAUACUAAAAUAGCUCAACAACAACAGGGCGCACAACCACAACAACAACAGCAACAGCCACAGCAGCAACAGCAAGGCAAGGUCGGCAAAGAGGCAUCGAGAGCUGACAACAACAACAACAAGAGGGAUACAACAAUGAGACCAUCAGACAACAACAACAUUAAUAAUAAUAACAACAACAACAGCAUUCCAGAUAGCAACAACAGAGACAAGAUCAGAACUGUGAGGGAGAUCACUGGCUGGUCAGAGGACGACGUUCUCAGAGCUUUGCAGGAGUGCCACUUUGAUGCCGACAAGACUAUUGCGUAUAUCGUUGAUGGUGUAAUCUCACCACAAGCUGACCAAUGGCAAGAGGUAUCUAAGAAGAAGCCCGAACCAAAGACUUCAAAGAUUAAAGGAGGAGAGGAUCGCCCAUCAAAGAAGGAUGACCUGAAGGGUGCUGCUGUCAGAGUUCCAAGACCAGAGAGAUCUGAGAGACCAGAGAGAUCUGAAAGACCCGAGAGAUCGGAGAGACCAGAGAGAUCUGAGAGACAAGAGAGGUCCGAGAGACCAGAGAGGUUUGCAGGUGAUAGACCUGAGAGAUCUGAGAGAGGUGAUAGAGAUGGUGAUCAGAGAAAGUCAAGGGAUAGAAUAAGACCAAAUGGAGAUGGUGUGUCCUCACCCCAGAACAGACAGCAACGUAGACAGGGCCAGAACAACUCGGUGCCAUCCUCCCCACCGACAAAGACUACUGUUAUCGAUACUACUACUACUUCCACUUCUACUACCACUACGCCAUCUACCAUCUCUACACCAAUCAACAACACCACCACCCCUACUUCUACUUCUACCACCACUACAUCAAGCGCUACAACCACGACGACCUCCACUACAAGCAGCGCUACCGGUGACUCUCACCCAAGCAUUGGCAAGGGCCAAUUAUCAAUGAGUGCCAUGAUUCUGGAGAAAGAGAGAGAGCGUGAGGCCCAACAAAAGCAACAGCAGGCCAAGCUACUGAAGCAGCAAGAGCAGCAGCAGCAACGAAACCAGCCAGCCCUCGCCCCAGCCCCCGUUACUACUACUACUCCUGUGCCCACUGCACCCACCAACACCAACACCUCUACUGCCGACUCCAAAGAAACCACUACCGACUCCACUACCCUGCCAAAUCAACAGACAAACACCUCCGCAUCUGGUCAGCCAACCUCAUAUCUGGCUGCCAUCAAAAACGCCAACGCCCAGCCCAAACAAUCACCAGUCACCACCUCCAAGCCAGCACCAACUCAAUCAACACCAGCCUCUACUGCUGCUGCAGUUGUUGUUGAGCAAACACCAGUCGCUGUCGCCGCCGCUCCAAUCACAACUCCAGUGGUCGAAACACCUGUUGCUGCACCAGUAGUGGCACCAGUUCAGACUGCACCCGCACAAGUCGCGGUCGCCUCUGCCGCACAGCCAGUCGCCGCCACCAGUGCCACCGCCGCCACUGCCACCACACAACAACAGACCUCAUCCCAGUCAUCGACACCAUCACAACGCAUCAACUUUGGUCAAAAGCCAGGCAACACCCAAGCCUGGAAGCCCAAAGAUUCACCAUCUACCUCCCCAUCCCUUGUAUCAUCUGCCUCAAGCGCUCAACACCCAACUACACGCCAGCCAAUCGGCAAACAACAAGCCACCAAGAGCUUCGACACGCCAGUGGCACUGCCCGACGACCUUUCCUUUGAUCCAAACUACCAUGUCCAAUUUGGCAAGGACCCAUCAGUUGUUGCCCCUGUGCAAUCUGUCCCAAGCGCCGUCUCCACACCAACCGUCGCACCAGUUGCUGCACCAAUCCAACAGCAGCCAGCACCAGUCACUGCCAAGCAAGCUGUCGUUACCCCUGCUGCACCAGUACAACAACAUCCAGCUGCUCACCAGCAGCAGCACCAACAAUACGCUCAACAUCACCAGCAGCAACAGCAUCACCACCACCAACACCAGCAGCACCAGCAGCAGAACGUUGUUGGACUCCCACAGAACGCCAACCUGGGCCAACAGACCAACAUGCAGCAGCAGCAACAGCAGUACCAACAGGCGUUCCAGUCGAUGACCCAGAACCCCAACACAAUGGAGCCACACAUGAUGAUGCCAGAGACCGAUCUGCAACACCUCUCCUACCAAUACCCAUACAUGGUGCCAGUGAUGCCCUUCUUUGCCGAUGAGAUGAACCGUCAGCCAUUCUACGACACCUACAACCAGAACAACUACAACCGCACCACAUCACCCGUCAACGACAAUGCCGGAAACACCAGCAAGGGUUUCCAGCGCAACCAAAACUCCAACCAGCAGUCGUUCCGCGGCUCUGGUGACAACACCAACAAGUUCAACCAUCAGCAACAGCAACAGCAGCAGCAACAGCAGCAGGAUGGCCAGACUCAAGCCACACACCCAUCCUCGCAGUCACCACCCCUGCAGCAGUCCCACUUCCCCUACCAACCCUACGGCUACCCAUAUGGCUACUCACAGUUCCCAUAUGGAUCCCAGAACUCGCAGUAUCAGUUCGGCCCAUACGCAGCCUACCCACCAAAGUACAUGAACAUGCCACGCGGCUACCCUACCCAUCCAGGUCAGAACCAAGCCUACGGCGAGCAAGACGACUUUAAGAACAUGUACGGAGGCGGCUACUUCCCCACCACUGCAGCCGGUGUCAUUGACCCAACGCUCCAGACCAAGAUCCAGCAGGGCCAGCAGCUGACAGGCUCGCCAACCAGCGGCGCCAAGACCUACGGUCAGAACGCCUCGCAUCACCAGCAGGCAAACCCUCAGGCACCAAACCAGCAGACUGGUGACGGUCUCUCCAACCAAUACAACAAGGGACAGUACAACCAACAACAACGCGAUCAAUCAAACUACUACAACGCUUACAACAUGCAAGCUUUCCAACCACAACACAACACUGGUGCCCAGAAUCAAAGAAAUCAUUAUCCACUUGGUAACUAA